CCACGAGAAGGGGCUUUGGUCUCCAGUUCUAGUCUUUUUUGUAAAUAUGUUUUCCAGUUUGCAGUGGUGUUGUCUUUGUAAAGAUGUUAUCCAGAUGCAGGUGUGUCUUCUUCGUAAAGUUGUUCUCUGGAUGUCUUCUUUGAAAAUAUGUUCUCCAGAUGCUGGUGAGUCUUCUUGGUAAAGCUUUUCUCCGGAUAUCUUCUUCAUAAAGAUGUUUUCUGGAUGUCUCCUUUGUAAAGAUGUUCUCCAGAUGCAGGUGUGUCUUCUUCGUAAAGUUGUUCUCUGGAUGUCUUCUUUGAAAAUGUGUUCUCCAGAUGCUGGUGAGUCUUCUUGGUAAAGAUGUUCUCCAGAUGCAGGUGUGUCUUCUUUGUAAAGAUGUUCUCCAGCUGAAGGUCCGUCUAUUAUGUAAAGAUGUUCUCCAGAUGCAGGUGCAUCUUCUUUGUGAAGAAUUCGUCUCCAGUUCUUGGAGGUUUCUGCAGAUCUCUGAAGAUCCUCAUCAGAAGAAGCAUUUCAGGGCUUUAGGACCAUGGGGAAGGCAUCCACUAUAUUUACAACAUGCACACGCACGUGCGCACGCACGCCUACAGCCUCGGAGUGUAAACUUGCAGUAGCUGAUGCUCUUCCACAGUCAGACGGACACCUGCUUUCUCUGGUCCAUCUCAUGCGUCUCACUUUCACAACAGCGGCAGCUUUGUGCGCGGUAACGCGCGCGCGGGACAGAGACGCACGGAUAGAUGGAUAGAUGGAUGGAUGGAUGGAUGGAUGGAUGCACUGAUGCAGGAUCACGUGUCUCACCUUGGAGGAGGACUCACAGCAUGAUGUCUGACCCCUGACCUGUCUGAGAACUUGGGAGGAACACAAGGAAAUCUAAAGACAGGAAUCUGUAAAACUCUGAGGAAGUAUGGAAGGAGAUAGAGAAGAUAGGAAAUGGACAGAGGAGCUUGAAGUCUCCUAUAAACAUUGGAGGACCUCACCCCGGGGAGGUCCAGGAGAAAGAGUUUUCUGCAAACAAAAUGGCCUGAUUGACACACAUAGAGUGGGGGCGGAGCCUACGGAGGCGCUAGUGUCAGCAUAUACUAUUCCUUACUGCCAGGGUCACGAAGGGCUAAAAGAGCACAGUGGGCCUCCUCAGCUUCUCAACCCUGGGGCUCUCCUUCCCCACCAAGCUGCAUCAGACCCCAGCUUCAGGCCAGCCUCUGGCCUCUUGCUGUGCAGAGAGGGCCUCCUUCAGAUGUGGGGGGAGGCUGGGGGAGGUGACUGCUGCGAAACCACCUUCAUUGAGGGGCAUGGGCACGACACAACUAACUCUGCCACCUGCUCUCCGAAGGAGGUGCUGCUUUAUGCUGAUGCAAAGUUUCUAGAGUUUUCUGGGGAAGGCGCAAUAAUUCCCUCACUGUCAUACGACAUUGAUGACGAUGACGACUUCCAAGAGCUGGAGAGUGACUACUCCAGCGAAUCAGAGAGCGAAGACGCCUUCCUGCUGCUGCCUCCCAGAGAUCACUUGGGCCUCAGCGUCUUCUCUAUGCUCUGCUGUUUCUGGCCACUUGGCAUUGCCGCCUUCUACCUGUCACAUGAGACAAACAAGGCAGUAUCCAAAGGAGACUUCCAUCUGGCCAGCUCCAGCUCAAGGCGGGCCCUGUUCCUGGCUGUGCUGUCAAUCACCAUUGGCACAGGUAUCUACGUUGGCGUCGCUGUGGCACUAAUUGCCUACUUCUCCAAGAACCAUCAGUGGUAGCAGGACAUUGAAGGGGUGUUUCCACAACAUCCUCACCUUCUUCUGCUUCAGGCGGUGUUGGGUCACCGCGGACAGGUUUGUAAUGUAACACACACCUUUGGACCAACUGGCUCGGAGCGGAGAAGUGUGGCUGGAGGCUGUUCUUCAGCUGCCCCCCAGACACAGCAACUCCCCAAUGAACUUCCUUAAAGAAGCGAGUUCAAACCCAUAAACAUUGUCGGUUGUCUGAGCAGGAAAGAAGUCUGACUCUUACAGGAAGUUCCAAGUCCGCGGGCAAAACUUCACUUCCAUCAAACUUUAAAAACAUGCGUGAUAUUUAUUUCACUGCAGAGCUGAAGGUGCCAUGGACUAGAAUUUCUGUUGUAAAGUAAAAUAUUUCCAUUUAAAUGUUUUUUUUUAUGAAUAUUUCUUAAUAAUAAGUCACUAGACUUAAAGAUGACAUCACUCUUCAGACAUUAGCCUCACAUUUUCUACAGCCCUCUGACGAUCUUUUAUUUUUAAAUACAGGAAGUCCAGACUGUAUGCCAUCUUUUGUUGUAAAAAAAUGAAAUCAGAAUUUUCUUCCCAUCUCUUCAAUUUUCAGAGGAAGAAAAGUAACAAAUUCUGCAAGAUUUUCUUCUCUUUUUCACAAACUAACAGGAAACUUUAGAAACAUUAAAUCUAUUUUUUUUUAUUAAUGAAAGACCAAAAUUAAAGUUGACCUUUAUGAGUUCAAAUUUUUUUUAAACUGUCUGACCUAUCAUUUAAAAUUCAAUCUAAAUGUUAAACUAAGAUUUUUUUCCUUUGUCCCAGAAAUGUAGAUUCCGUCUGUUUUCUUUCUCCACUGUCUGUACAGAAGGAAUUUUGCUGAUGGACCACUCUGUUUAAAUAAAGCUUCAAUAAAGAAAAAAAUUUAAAUUGGCA